UACCUUACGGCUCGUUAACAUGACAAAGAGUGCGGUUGAACUUUGGUGUGAGCAAGAUCCCGAUGGCGAUACUAUCAAGGAAGCUCAGAGCCUCGACGAUCAAGCUGUUGCCGCUCGUCUAGACCCUAACCAUCGUCUACAGUUCGGCACUGCAGGUUUACGUGGGGUGAUGGGCGCUGGCUAUGACCGUAUGAAUUGCCUAACAGUCAUGCAAGCCUCUCAAGGCCUCUGUAUGCACUGUAUAGAGAAGUACGGACAGCAGGCCCUUAGUGAGCGAGGGGUGGUCUUCGGCUUUGAUGGACGUCACAAGUCUCGAGCCUUUGCCCAUGUUGCUUCGGCUGUUUUCCUUUCUAAAGGAGCCAAAGUCUAUCUCAUCGACAAGACCAGCAUAACACCAUCAAAUCCUUUCCUCAUCGUCCGCUUCCAAGCACUCUGUGGUGGACAAAUGACGGCUUCCCACAACCCCAAGGAGUACAACGGCUAUAAAGUGUAUGGCGCCAAUGGAGCCCAGAUUAUUCCUCCAGCAGAUUCGGAGAUUCAAGCUAACAUCAUGGCGAAUCUCAAGCCGUGGCCAGAGGCUCUGCAGCUGCUAGGCCCCGACUGCCUCCUCAAGGACAAGUCCAAAACGGUGGACCCCUACGAUGUGGUCCUCUACACUUACAUUGACCAGAUUCAUCACGAGCUCUGUCGCUUCCCUGAGCUCAAUAAGAAGUGUGAGCUGAAGUUCGUCUACACUGCCAUGCAGGGCGUGGGUCUCCCCUUUGCCUUGGGUAUGCUGAAGAUAUUCGGCUUCCCUGAGACCUGCGUGUCGGUCGUGGAACAGCAAGCCCAUCCUGACCCAGAGUUCUCCACAGUGGCCUUUCCGAAUCCUGAGGAGAAGGGCGCGCUAGACAUGAGCAUGGCCCAAGCUCAGCGGGAGAAUGCUGAUUACGUCCUUGCCAACGACCCUGAUGCUGAUCGCUAUACCUCUUGUGAAAAACAGAAGGACGGUAGCUGGCAUCAGUUCACGGGUGAUGAGCUCGGCACUAUCUUCGCUGACUGGCAGCUGUUGAUGGCCCAUCGUAGAGGCGUCCCUAAGGAGAACUGUCUGGUCAUCAACUCCACGGUCUCGUCGAAAAUGGUGAAGGCUCUGUCUGACUACUACGGUGGAGUGUACGUAGACACUCUCACAGGCUUCAAAUGGAUGGCGAAUCAAUCCCUAAAGAUGAUCUCUGAGAACCCCAAGCUGGUCCAUUGCACUGCUUACGAGGAGGCCUUGGGGAGUGCACUUACGAUGACGGUCCCCGACAAGGACGGUGUGAGUGCCUGUGCUGUGUGGUGUGAGAUGGCCAACUAUUGGCGUCGUGAGAAGGGCAUCACUCUGGUAGAGAGGCUGAAUGAGCUGAGGGAAAUGGUGGGAUAUUUCGUACAACACAACGGCUACUUUAUUUCGACCGAUCCGAAGGUCACCAAGCAAGUUUUCGAUGAUUUCCGCAAUAAUGGUCAGUACAAAGACCAUUUGGGGGCCUCGAAUAUCGCUGGAAUACGCGAUGUCACUCUUGGCUAUGACUCGAGAACUCCCGAUAAGAAGAGUACUCUGCCGCAGACCCCCAACGACCAGAUGAUCACCCUGUACUUCGAGAAUGGGGCCACUGUUACUAUCAGGGGGUCUGGUACUGAGCCUAAGGUGAAGUACUACUGCGAGGCAAGUGAUAAGAAGGGCAUGAAAGAAGCUCAGCAAAGAUUGGACGGAGUGGUGAAAGAUGUGAUUGACCAUUUCCUCCAACCUGGUAAGUUUGGCCUAACGUCGAGGUGAGUAGCCUUGUCGUUGGCUUUGUUA